AUGCCCGAACCAACAGACCGAACCUCCUGUCCAACCCGACCCCUGAACCCUCACUCCCCCCCGUCCAACCCCUCCUCCCAAGAUAACCAGCAACAACAACCCCGCCGCAAAAGAUUCCGCUUCAAAUCGCCCUCCCGCCCCAGCUCCAAGACCAAAGACAAACCCAACCGCACACCCAAAGACCCCCUAGAAAAAGAAACCCGUCACACCGCCCACCGCGCCCGCCGCGCCCACCGCAACCGCCACCCUCACCAACCCACCCCUCCAACCCCCGACCCAGCCUCCACACCAACAACAACCUUCGACCUAGACCCCGACACCGCCUUCCGGGAAUCCCUCUUCGACGCCCUCGGCGACGACGAAGGCGCCACCUACUGGGAAUCCGUCUACGGGCAACCGAUCCACACGUACGCUAUCCCUUCCGUGCCCACGGGCCCCUCGGGGGAACUCGAGCAGAUGGACGAGGAGGAGUACGCGGCCUACGUGCGGAGCAAGAUGUGGGAGCGGACAAGGGAGGGGAUGCUCGAAGAGCAGGAGCGGUUGCGGGCGGAGCGGCAUCGGAAGCGCCAGCAGGAGAAACAGCGGCAGGCGGGGGAGAAUACCCGCAAGGCGUUCGAUGAGGCCAUCGAGGCGAGUUUGCGGCGCGGGAGGGAGCGGAAGCGCGAGAAGGCGUGGAGGGAGGGGUGGGAGGCUUAUCUCGGGUGUUGGGGGAGGUUGGAUGGGGCUGUUCAAGUUGCUGCUGCUGCUGCUGGGGAUCGAGGGGGUAAGGGCAGCUUCCGCAAUCUCGUCUUCUGGCCGGUGGAAUCGGGGAAGCGGAAGGAUGUGAGCAAGGAAAAUGUGGAGGCGUUCAUGCGACAUUCCCCUCAGGCUGCCAACGGGUCAUCGGAGUUGUUGGCGGUGCUGAAGGCGGAGCGCGUUCGCUGGCAUCCGGAUAAGAUCCAGCAGCGGUAUGGAGUGCUCGGGAUCGAGGAGGCGGUGCUGCGCUCGGUGACGGAGGUGUUUCAGAUUAUCGAUCACUUGUGGAAUGAUCUCAGGACCAGGGACUCUGCCUGA